GGCGCAGGCCAUGUGAGCGUCGGCGCCGGGCGCGCGCAUGUGGCGCUCCCGGGAGUAUGCGCGCCUGGCCACGGCUCCUACUCGCCACGCUGGCCGCCCUGCAGCGAACGACGAGCGCUGUGCGGCCGGAGGAGCAGGAGUCGGAGGAGGAGGAGCCGUGGGCCCCCGUGAGCGCCGUGCUGGUGCGCUGGAGUCCUCCCGCCGUGCUCGUGCGCUGGCGGUACCGCUACCCCGCUGCUGCUGACGCUGCUGACCAACAGGAAGAGGAAGACGCGCUCCACUUCCGCGUCUUCUACCAGGAAGUCCACGACAAGUCAUCGGGCCGCGUGGCGGUGGCCUCUGGUGAGCAGCGCAGCGUGCUGCUGGAGCGACUUCAACCGGAGGCGGAGUACCUGGUGCGCGUGUUCGCCCGAGCCUCGCCUAGCCUCGCCACGCGAGCCAACCGCACCACAGACGCGCCCGUCGGCCUGGUGCGCUUCGUGGCGCCCGGAACUGCGGCCACCGCCACAGCAGCAACAGCAACAGUAGCAGCAGCCGCCAAUGGCAGCAGCCCCAGCAGCAACAACAACAGCAGUGGCAGCGGCGCGGCGGCGACGGCGGGGAGCGGAGGCCCGUACUACCGCAGCGGCGUGGUGGCGUCUCGGACCGUGGUUGUUCGCGACGAGGAGAUCGUGAUCGUGGUGCUCGUGCUGAGCGUGUGGCUGGCCGUCAUCCUGCUGUUCUUCAACAAGUGGGGCAAGAUCCGCAUGUUGGAGCCCUACCAGCCGCAGUACCACGAACAGUUAGAGCCGGACUCGCCACCCGUGCUGCAGGUGAAGAGCGUGGUGCUGGAGCGCGAGCUGCGCCGCCUAUCGUCCAACGCGAACGGUAGCGGGGUGGCCGCGCUGCACCGGCUCCAUCGGCUGCGUCACAACUCGGUGUUCGUGGGAAGCCAAAUCCUGGUGCCGCUCUCCCGGCGUGCCAAGAGUGCCGAGGACAUCAAGUCCAUGGUGCUGCAGAUCGAGCACCAGCCCAGCACGCAGUCCACCGCACUAUGAGACUCCUAUGGCCUACGCUCCUGCCGUAGGCCGCCGCCACACUGCUGCGACUCCGCCGCCCUGUUUCCCGGGGGACGAUUCAAUCGCUGUUGACAGGGGGCGCCAGUUCCACAAGGGCAUGAUGCCUGUCGUUGUUCGGUGGUGUUUUGUGUGCACCGAGAGGUCGGAAAAUGCCUGCUGGCCGGUGCAGAGGAAAAAAGUGCAGUGUUUCACGUUUCGAGUGGGGCUGUGUUUGUUGGUCGCUGAGCGUACCGGGGGAAGCUUUGGUCCGAUGGCUACGAUUAGUAGAUGUGUACGAUUUACACCAUGCACGACAGCCACGUUAUAAGAGCAGUGGAACAGUGCACUGCUGUACAUUAUCUGAACUGGCCUCUCUGUAUGACGUUUGACGGCAUUUGUGUUAAACUUAAAAGCAAUCAUACGCUCUCGCAUAACCCUCCGAUGGGUGAGAGGAAGCAGCUGAACUGUAUCAUUUGUAAAUGCCGUGUCCGAAGCAACAACCCUACGCACGUAACAGUGUGUAUCGUUUCUGCUCCA